AUGAACGAUAUCUCCUUAGCUGGACCUUCCCGUCAAUCGCCUACUCGUUCCCACGAAGAUUCACAACAAUAUCAUAGCAAAUUAGAUUUCCCUCAAUAUCCAGCUGAGAACGAUGACGAUCUACCUGGGUAUGAAGAAGAAAGGACUGGACCAGUGUCGUCAAGAUCGAGCAAUGACGGAAAGCUGCAUCAACAAGAAGAAGAUGAUGAAGACGAAGAAGACGGUGCAGACCUGAUAUAUGCACGUCAAAGCGAAAACGAUAUUGGAAUUAUAGGCGUUGAACCAGGACAUGAAAGUCAUAGACAUGCGAGUUUGGAAAUGAAGAAAGCGUUAUGGUGGAAGAAUGUGAUAAUAACCGCUUUGUUCAUCUUAUCAUGGUACACAUUCGCGACGCUUCUGUCACUAUACAACAAAUGGAUGUUCUCGCCAGACUACUAUGGUUUCAGUUAUCCGUUGUUCGUCACUGCCUGUCAUAUGGUAGUUCAAUUUUGUUUAGCAGCCGUGAUAAGAGUGGUAUUCGCAGAUAGGUUUAGACCAAAGGAGAGGCCAACAAGGAAAGAAUACAUAACCAAGAUCCUACCGACUGCCGCCUCUACAGGAGGAGAUAUAGGUUUAUCUAAUCUGAGUUUGAAGACUAUCACCCUGAGUCUUUACACCAUGUGUAAAUCAUCUACCCUGAUAUUUGUUCUCCUAUUCGCCUUUUCAUUCAAGCUGGAAGCGUAUUCCCUGCGUUUAAUCUCAGUAAUCACCUUGAUUUCAUUCGGAGUAUUCUGUAUGGUCUUCAACACUACAUCCGUGUCGAUACCAGGCAUCGCUAUGGUGUUCUCUGCAUCAGCAUUAGGAGGUCUAAGAUGGGCUUUAACGGAAGUGGUAAUGCAUAAAAAAGGAAUGGGAUUAAGUAAUCCUUUCGCCACGAUAUUCUGGUUAUCUCCUUUGAUGGCUGUCACUUUGGCUUUAGUCAGUAUGAUAGUGGAAGGCUGGUUUCAGAUUAUAGGAAGUGAUUUCUUUGAUGGAUUUCAAGCGGUAAAGACUAUGGGAGUGAUUGUUUUCCCUGGUGGUCUCGCUUUUGCAAUGGUCACAAGCGAGUAUUUUAUCAUUCAAAGAGCAGGUGUUGUACCUCUCUCCAUCGCAGGAAUAUUUAAAGAGGUAUCCACGAUUUCCAUAUCCGCUUGGGUGUUUGGAGACCAACUCACAGGGCUAAAUAUCAUUGGUGUAGUAAUCACUGUCUGUGGUAUCGCCUUGUAUUCAUAUCAUAAAUACCAAAAAUCCAUAUCGUCCACGGUAGAGCUUGAUGCUCAUGGUAACCCCGUAAAGGAAGAUGACACUGCUCCAUUGAUGGGAUCAAACUCGCAUCGAUAUACAACCACUCCUCAAGCUGAUCCGGACAAUGUUCAAAAUGCCUUAGGUGGUUCUUCAGGUCUUCAAGCUACUGGAGUACCUCUCACGCAGCUCGGUAAAGUGGGAAAGAAUAAAAAGGAAUCGGACGAAGAUAGGACCCAGAGAUUAAGGGAUGAUUUUGAAGGAUGGGAUCAUCAGCGAGAAGAUGAGUGGAGUGAAGAAGAUGAGGUUGAUGAAGAUGAAGUGGAGAGAAGACGAAAUCAAAGAAUAGAAGGUGAUACUGAGCCAGAAGGGAAAAAACCUCAUGGUUGGGGAGAUUGGUGGGAUAAGGAACUAUAA